AUGGAAACGGCUACUGCGACUUCGCCACCAAAAGGCGUCAUUGAGACACCAAGUGGUGCUCACUAUUCGUACAACAAUAAUCUUCUUUAUUGUGCUUCGAGUAGCACCGCUUCGGCAUCAGCUACAGCCACAGCAGCAGCAGUAGGAGCAAUGCCAUCAGUUGUUGCCAGAGGAGCUACAACAGCAUCAUAUCACCACCACUAUCCCACCACCACAACAAGCAACAACAGCAAUGUUUUUGCGGGCCACCGAACAUUAUGCAUUGGAGGACAUGACGAUAUUGAUGCAGCUGCUGUUAAUGAACUUUCACAACGCUUGCAGUCGGAAUUACGUGCGGCAAAAAGUCGUCAUUUGUCAUGCACUGAAGUCUCAUUGCCAUGGGAUCUAACGCCACGUAUAGCCGCUGAUAUGAUAAAAACCUCCGAGCGGGAACCUUGCGGGGUGCGAGGUUGUGCUAUUUUCAUCGAUUUUGAAUAUGAGACAGGCAAUGCCAGGCGCAUUGCAUCUUUCAAAAUUGAUCCAAAUACAGUAUCCACAUUUGAAUUGUUUUUAACACUAAAACAAGACAAGGGCGGCUGGACUUCAUUAUUGCCACAAUUUCUCAAGAAUCUAACACGCAGCAGUACCAUACUCAUAAGUCCACAUUUUACAUUAAAUAAACAUAAGCUUUAUGCCUUAGACGCAGACGAAGAAGAAUGAUUGAAGAUGAAAAAAAAGAGACAAUGAUGAUGUUUUUUGUGAAUAUGUGGAUAAGGAUCAGGAUCCUGAAGAAGAUCAAGAAUGAAAUAUGCAUUCAUUCAAUUCAUAUUAGAACAUAAAUGCAAAAAAAAAAAAAAAGAAACCAAAAAAUAAAAAAAAACCUACAAACUGAAUAUAAAAAUGAAAGAAAAAACAAAGUUGAUGUGAUAUUAAAAUAUAAUAUUAAUAGUUUAAGUAAACAGUAAUAUAAAAAUAUAAAAUAAUAAAAAUAAAUUUCAAAAAUUUAAUAUAUUUAAUGUUAAAGCAAAACAAAUCACAAUAGAAAAUGUAUUGUUUUUAAGUAUUUAUAGUUCUUAUUUUUUUUUCUUAUAUAUUCCAUUAGUCUUAAGUAUAAUUUAAUUUAUGCGCAAAUGUUUAAAAGAAAUGUACGUGCAGAGAAUUAGGAAAACGUUUUGUAUGUGUUCUUUAUAGAUCUUAUAUUUUUUUAAUUUAAUUUUUCCUUUUUUUAAAUAUAAACUGUGAACGAAAUCUGAAUUUCAUCAA